AUGUCAUUCUCAGAGAAGGAAUCACCCCGGGGUGGUGCGGCUCCGCCGAAAGACGAGAACCAGCAUGCUGGACAAGGCGAGGAAGAUUUAUCAACCAAGAUCAGCGAAAGGGCCCUCGUUCGGAAACUCGACAUCAGGCUGUUGCCUGCAUUAACACUACUAUACCUGCUGUCCUUUCUCGAUCGCAGCAAUGUCGGCAACGCUCGAAUCGAAGGCCUGGCAACAGACCUGCACAUGACGGGCAACCAGUACCUAACAGGCCUCACACUUUACUUCGUGGGCUACGUACUCUUUGAAGUGCCAGCAAACACCGUCCUCAAACUCUGGAAACCUCGACUCUGGUUUCCAACGCUGACGUUUGUCUGGGGUGUCGUCUCGACACUGAACGGGGUAACUCAAUCGCGCCCUGGGUUUCUUGCGGCACGCUUCUUUCUCGGAGUGGCAGAAGCUGGCCUUUUCCCUGGUAUCGUCUUCUACUUCUCAAUGUGGUACAAACGCAAUGAGAGACAAUUCCGAGUGGCCUUGUUCUUCAGCGCAGCAUCUCUGGCGGGCGCCUUCGGAGGUAUUCUGGCCUGGGGCAUUGCUCAUAUGAAGGGUGUCGGGGGCUACAACGGUUGGAGAUGGAUUUUCAUCCUGGAAGGCAUACUGACCGUGGUGAUAUCUGCAUUGUCAUACUUCUUCAUCCAUAACUAUCCGGACACAGCCAAAUUCCUCACGGAAGCAGAACGGGACGUGGUCCAGCGACGCCUCAAGGACGACAGCGAUGCGACGGCCGAGGAGAAGUUCAACUGGAACAACGCCCGCAAAGCCUUUACCGAUGCCAAAUGCUACCUCUACGCGUUUGGCUUCCACACAAUGUCGCUUCCGCUGUAUACUCUGUCCCUGUUCUUGCCCAGCAUCAUCAAGUCGCUGGGGUACACCUCCGCGCAAGCGCAGCUCAUGACCAUCCCACCUUACGCAAUAGCGUUCUUCUUCACCAUCGGCUCAGCCAUGCUGUCGGAGCGACUACAACGCCGCGCGCCCAUCAUUCUCGUUUCUACAUCCCUGGCCAUUCUAGGAUAUAUCCUGCUCCUCUCCGACCAUCGGCCAGGAGUUUCGUACCUGGGGACCAUCUUCGCAGCAGCAGGCAUCUAUCCCUCUGUGGCACUUCAUCUAGCGUGGCCCGCAAACAACGUCAGUGGACAGACAAAGAGAGCCAUCACAAAUGCUCUACAAAUAUCCAUUGGAAAUCUAGGUGCGGUACUUGGCACUCAGCUCUAUCGAACAGAGACGGCGCCCAGAUACUACUUGGGCCAUUCGUUCGCGUUGGGUUAUUUAGUUGCCAAUCUCGCCGUGACCGCUGCUUUGUGGUGGGUUCUCGAUCGUGAGAACAAGAAACGGGAUACCAAUAUCCAGCCCAUUAACAACGACGGACCUUGGCUUGGAGAUGAAGACCCUCGGUGGAGAUUCCAUCUAUAG